AUGUACAUGCUACAGGUAGUGACGCACUGUUUCUGCAUUAAACUUCUGUUUGUGCUAUAUUUUGUUUCAAUAACAACAUAUGAAGAUGUUUCUGACACGGAAUUCAUUGAAGAUGCGAGUGCAAUGCAAGAAUUGAGCAGAAGAGCUUUAUCUGAUGAUUCACUUCUCCAACAGAAGAUAAUUUUAUAUCCUUGUCCAAAAAAUUUUGAAAAUAUUGGUGACCUAUGCAUCAAGUUCAUUUAUAAUACCACCUAUCCUCCUGAGUGUCCAUAUGAAGAAACAGUCCCCUUCAAUACCUUUAUUGAUCAAAUUGAUCAUAAAUCUCCAAUAUGGAUGCCUGUGAGACGAAACAGAAGAAUGAAUGGUAUCGGGCUAUUCCAUUGGAUGGAACCAAAUGCUUUGUACAAAUCACCUUUCGACCCUUGUAAGGACAACCCUUGUGAAUUUGACAACAAAAGUAAUCCAUCAAAUGAUGAUUGUGUAAUUUACCACAAUAGUACAAGAAUGGAAGCAGUCUCUUGCAAUCUAACAGCAACCGCUGUAUGUGCCUAUGACCAUCUGCAAAAGAAAACCAAGAGUUUUUGUUCUCAAAGUUUCUCCACAUUGUGUAAACAAAGCGAUUUUUCAACAAAAUCGAAAUGUUUCUGCUUGUUACCAACAGUCCCUGAAUUGGAAAAGGCAGAAUUUUUGGAACCAUAUCAAAACUUGGUAUAUCACUCCAUGUCUGACGAAAUGUGUUACAUCGGAAUAAAAAAUACUGGAACCUCCUUCAUUUGGACAUCAUCUAAUCUUCCAGUGAACUAUAAAUACUGGGCAGUUGAUACAGACCCUACCAGUAACGGCAAUACCUUUGGAGCAAUUUCUUCAGAUGGGUGGACCUUGAGAGAAACAGACAGUGAACUCAAUUAUACUUUAUCUCAACAGAAUAUUCCAACAAGCUCGUAUCCUAACGACAUGCUUCUGUAUUUCAAUGAUACCAGCAGAAUGUUCAAUCUGAAACUAACAAAUCCUUCCAACUGGCUCCAAAGAAAUGAGAGUGCGGUGCCUUUAAUUUUUUGUUUUUCUGAUGCAUCUGCUGAAUCUCUUCUACAGAUGUUGACAACCGAGUUUUCAGAAGGAUCUAGUGAAAUCCUGUUCGAACCGAUCAAUAAUCAAACUGGAAAUUACUGGUGUGAAGGUUUCGUUUACCCAGAACUAGAAGUGAAGAUUUCCAACGAGUAUCAACUGAAAAGUAACAACGAGGAAUACGUGGUGAUUCUGAAAUUCAUCUUUGCGAAAGGUUCUGAUCCUCUAUGUCAAUCGAAUCUAAGGCAUUAUAAACAACUCCUCGACCAGACCCUUGUUCAAACAGGAAGCACCUUCUUCACCAGAAUUUUCAAAAUUGUUCAAAUAGAUGUAGAACUGUCAAUCAUCAGAAUUAAUUUCCAUAUAAGUAGUACCAACAGAUCAACGGAUACAACAAAUUUAGGUGUACUCAGAAAGAUAUUUGGAAUAACCUCCAAUGAUUUCACUUUUAUCCACUUGCUGAGUGUUCAUUUUUGUCUUGGCAUGCAAGUUUUCCAUAAUGGCCAACAAGUCACCUGGACUGCAACAAAUUUGGGAGAGGUAGCUGAAAAACCUUUAGAAGGUUGGUGUGUAGAUGGUGAAGGCCAUGUUAUCAAAAGAAGAUGUGAAGGAAAUUUUGUGGAUGGAGCUCAGUGGGCUGAAUUUCAAGGGAUGUGCACAAUCGUCAGUUCCACAAAUACCACCAUCAAUCUGACGAGUAUUGUUCGUUCUGAGAACCCUACCAGAUAUCUAGAGCAAAUGGUAGAACUCACUACAAACUACAAUGAUUUCAGUUCGAGUGAUGUUGCUCUUGUAUCAGACUUCCUUGGACAACUAGCUCGUGUUUCAACCAACAAUGUUGAACUGGUGGCAGAAAUUGUGAAUAAUCUGGGAAGCAUUUCUUUAGACAUUUUGAAAGAGUCACAAUUGAAAUAUCAGAGUAGAGAUAAAAUAUUACAAAAUGUAGAAGAAAUAAUUCGAUUGUCUAGUGACUUCGAUCCUAUACUGGGCAAAAUCCUUACCAUAGCAUCUUUCAAGAUCUCUAGUAUCAACACCUUGAUAUUGACGAGGAAUAUAGAUUCAGUUGACAUUGAAUUUUCGAGAGUAAUGCGGCCUGAGGCAAUAGAAAAGGAUGGUCCUUUUGACUCGGCUUUAUUUGUGAAUCAGUCUUUGCUCAGAACAUCUUCCGAUGUACUUAAAGUCUUAAUUUACAAUAAACCGAUAUUUUUUGGAGAAGAAAAUGAAAGCGAAAGUACACGAACUAUUUACCGUUUAUUGUUCUCUCAUUCAGAUACAGAUUCAGGGGACUUCUCUGUCAUUUACCAGAACAAAUUCAAUAACAAUUCAAUAUUUUUUCAUCGUUGUUCUUCUUGGAACUAUGGAAAUGAAUCUAUCGAGUAUUGGAAAUACCAAAGGAGAGCUGAACGCUACAUAAAUAACAUUAUAUGUAAUUUCAAUGAAUUAGAAUAUUCGAGGUUGAAUUCAGUACAACUUAUUGGGAACACUGCUAUAACUACUGAAUUAGAAAGAAUUAAAAAUUCUUCAUACAAUUCUCAAUACACGAAACUGAAAGAAUUAAGAGAUCUGGUUUCAACAUUCGGUGAUCUAUUCCAACCAACAGACCUUCAUAUUAUUUCUGAGAUACUGAGCCAAGUGCAAUCAGUAGAACAAGAUGAAUUCAAUUUGAUUGCUGAUAUCAUAGACAGCACUUUGAGUCUGAACCAAUCUGUUAUCUCACAAUCUCAAUCACUUCUCAACGUCCCUGAACUACUGUUAACAAAUUUGAAGAAUAUUAUGAAAAGCUAUGGGACAUCCAUCGAGAUUACCCGAAGGAAUUUUUUCCUUCUCGUUUUUUUCAUCAACAACACUGCCGAUACGGAGUUCAUAAUCAACACUUGCAGCGAAUUCUGUAGUGUUAUCAUAGUAUCUGGGUUAGAUACGGAUACAUCUCAAGUUUCCACUAAGGAGGUUGAGAUGAGUGUUAUAUUGAGUAUAGAUCUUGUAAAACAACUUAGACAAUUGGAUGAAUCCAAGUUAAUGUUGACUGUGUUCAAUGACGAUUUAUUUUUCGUUUCCAAAGAUUCUUACAGAAAAGAUACUUCCAAAAUUGUUGGUGUACAUUUUCCAAAUUUUGACAUAGCCAUGAAUGGCGAGAUACGAAUAGAGUAUCAGACUAAGAAGGCUAUUUAUAAUCAAAGCUGUGAACUUUGGCAUGAAACUUACUGGGUCCCAGAAAGUUACAUAACAGGGAACAAUGAUGAUGUCUCCCAAUGCAACUUCUGGAAAACUGGGUAUUACUCUUUACGUUUUCACAUCAAUAUCACAUAUUUCAUCGAAGAACAAAUGAAAGCUGAUAAUAUUAUGAUUAUUUUGAAGAAUUUAGAAGAAAUUGUUAUAAAAUACCAUCAUCGAUUUACAGCAUAUGAUUUGAAACUAAUCACGGAUAUAUUUGAUGGAGUAGAUACGGUUGAAGAAGAAACUCUCAGUAUUAUAUCUAGAAUCGUUAGUGUCAUUAUGAAAAUAGAUAGAGUUGUCCUUGAAGAAACUCAAGAAAAGUAUCAAACAACCGAUAAGCUUUUGAAUCAUUUAGAAAUACUAGCAGGAAUGUUGAAGCUGAAUCAGAUAUUUUACUAUUACGAAUCAAAUCUGCUAUUGAUGAUUUCCUCUGUGAAACAAAGUGCAAUUGUAGGAGUUGAAAUUAGUAACUGCGAAAAUGAAUGUAGAGUUGAUAAAUUGUUUGGAAAUGGUACGGAAACUAAUAACCCAAACAAAUUUGACAUAACGAGUGUACGGCUGAAUCAGGACCUAUUCAAAAAGCUUUUGAAAACGAAUACAAGCACCUCGGAACCGAAAAUGGUCAUUAUUGCUUUUAAUGAUGAUUCUUUAUUCAAUUCCAAAGAUAACAUUGGUCAUAAUGGUAUAAUAUUCGGAGUAAAUAUAGUAGGAUAUGACACAGCAGAUGAAGAGGAAAUUAUUCUGUAUCAGAAAUAUCCAUAUGAAGGUUAUUGUGUUCGAUGGAAUAUUAGGGUGCAAAAUGAAAAUAAAAGAAGUAACUGGGAAGUAGAAGGAAGGAUGGCUGAUUCAACAUGCAGCUUUCAACGGCAAGGUUAUUUGGGUUAUAAAAACGAAGAAAUCACAACCAAUAUCACAAAAAUCUUAGAAUCCAUACUCAAAUCCAGUUCAUUCAACAUCGACAAGCUCCAAGAGUUGAAAGGAAUCUCUUAUUUGUAUGACAUGUUCAAAUCUAUUGAUGUUUCCUUACUGUCAAAGAUUUUAUUGAAAAUUAUGGAUCAAAAUAUAAACCUCAUCGAAAAAAUACUCCAAAAUAUGUUGUCUAUAUCAAAAAACAUUCUGAUUCAGUCUCAAGUUAAACAUAAUGCUUUGAGCAACGUUCUGAAAAUAAUAAACUCGAUUGGGAACUAUUUACCUCUGAACACUUCCUAUACAAUGAAAAAUCAGUUCUCCCUGAUAGUCUGCUCUGUUGAUACAGGCAUGUCGGCAGUAUUUGAUGAUGGAUUGAAUAGUUGGUGCACUACAAGUAUUGAUGGGGAUUACUUUGGACGGCUAUCUCCCAGAAAUGAGUUAGUUGCUGAUAUAUUUUCAGCUUCGACUGAUGAUAUUUUCCAAAGAUUCAUCUUCACUCUAUUUCAUGAUAAUACACUUUUCAUACAAGAUCAAAAAUACAUAUCUUCUGUUGUCCUUGGUUUGGAAAUUCCUAAUUAUAAUGGAAGUUUGGACAAUAAAGUAAUGAUAAGUUUGAAGGAAGCCAAUAAUAACUAUGAUGAUUAUUCAUGUGCCUACUGGGAAUACAUCGAUAAUAGCUACGGAAUUUGGUGGCCAGUGAAAACGCUUCUCAUUGGUGCUUAUAGAACCUGUACAUUUUCACACGAAGGAUAUUUCUCAUUGAUAAAAAAAGACGUUUCAAAAAAUUUAACAAAAAUAUUGCUUCAAAUAAAUGAUAGCAAUCACUCUUAUAGUGAAAAACUUCAUCAUACUCUAGAUAUAAUUGAUCAGUACAAGAACCAACUGAAAGCAUUACAUAUCUCGAUUAUCUCUACUAUUAUGGGAAGAUAUGAUCAGAGUACUGACGAUCUGACAUUGAUUGGUAACGUAACUAGUUCUUUAAUGGAUGUCGACCGAAACGUGCUGGUACAAUCUCAAAAUCUUUACAAUGCAACAAAUGAAAUUUUGUAUCAUAUAGAUACACUAGUAACAGAACAUAUCAAAGAGGAUACAAACCUCCAAUUCAAUAACUUCGCCCUCCUCGUCCAAGGAAAUUUCAAUGGAUUGACUUUUGAGAAUUGUGAUCUAUCAUGCACGAUAAAAAUACUUUCAAUGCAACUGAAUGAUUCCAAAAAUAUUGAUGGUAUACUGUCAAUAGACCAGGAAUUGAAAGAAUAUCUAGAUGAACAUUCUAUGAGAAUUUAUAUCACCAUUUACUAUGAUGAUGUUCUAUUCAACGAAGGUUGUACUGAUUCUACCAUGAAUGUUGGGAUUGUUGUUGGUGUCACUAUACCUGGUAUGGAUGAAUCUAUCUGGAAAGAGCAUAUAAGAUUCGGCUUCAAAUAUCGCCCAGAUAAAGCUGAUAUAUGUGCCUACUGGAACUGGAACUAUGAAGCAAUGAAUGGGAGUUUGAUAAAAAAAGGUCAUUGGGAAAUAACACCGGCUUACUUAGAUUCCAUGUGGCUAUGCACAAGUCGACUGGAAUCUACACAUUUCGCAGUAUUGGAGAUUGAAAAGAACAUUACCAGUGAUUUAGAAAGUAUUUUCAAUAGCAGCUUUCCAAUAGAAGAACAACUUGAGAGAGUUGAUGUUAUUAUAAACACAAAUACCGAUAUAUUGAGUCCUAUGGAUAUAUUUUUGAUUGCUAAGAUUUUAGGUAAGAUGGCUGACUAUCAAGAAACAACCCAUGAGCAUGUUAUACUCACUUCUAAAGUCAUGAGCGGCUUAUUCAGAGUGAAGAGAACUACUCUACGCAAAUCACAAGAAUUGUAUUAUGCCACUGAUACAAUCCUGUACUAUUUGGACCAGAUUAUGCUGAAGCGUCGAACAACAGAAGAAAUUUCAGAUUUGAUUACAGAAGAUAACUUCACAGUGAUAACUUAUAAAUUGUCCAAUAGCGAUAUUCAGGGAUUCAGGUUAGAGGGAUGUGAGAAAACUACAUGCAAUUUGACUGUUCUACACAGGAAUAUGGAUAGCAUCGAUACUGUUGGUACUGAAAACCUGAACACAGCUGUGAUACUAACCGAAGAUCUUCUACAACAAAUCAAGGAUAGUACCAGUCCUAUAUAUCUAAUUGUUACAGUAUUCUUUCAAGACGUUCUUUUCAAUGAGAAAAUGAUAUCUAAUUAUAGCAUGAGUCUAAUUUGUGGAGUGCUGCUCAAAGGUCUGAAUGAGCCGAUGCGUGGAAAUUUAUCUAUGGUAUAUAAAGUGAAGGCAGAUGAUCCUUAUGACGGUGCCAGUUGCGCUUACUGGGAUUAUAAGCCUCAGAUACAGGAAGGUUAUUGGAAAGGAGAUAUCGUUCCUAAAAAAGAGAAAGAAGCCAUGGUCUGCAAUUAUCCACACAUCACCCAUUUCGUUCUCCUAUUAGCAAGUUCCAAUGAUGUCCUCUUGAACAAAUACCAAAAUAUAACUCUAGACAUUAUUACUAACAUCAACAGUAUUCUCUCCCUUCUUGGAAUAUUUGGGAUCCUCCUCACAGCUUUAAUGUUUGAUAGGUGGAGAAACAAUACUGGAAAUCAGAUACUGAUUCAUUUUUCCUUUGCUAUAUCAAUAAAAAAUAUUAUGUUGUAUAUCAGUGUAGGCAUAUGGGAUGAGAGUGGUGGUAGUAGUAUGGCUUGUACGAUCACAGGGGGGAUUUUACAUUACUCUAUACUUUCGGAAUUCGGCUGGAUGUUGAUUAUAGCUAUUCUGCAAUUCAAGAGGUUCGUAGAGGUCCUUGGGAGUCCCACUAAGUAUAUAUUGUUAAAGGCUUGUAUUUGUGGGUGGGCUUUUCCAGCGAUUCCAGUGUUUCUCAUCAUAAUUAUUGAUGUUAAUAAUUACUCCGCGGGGCAACUAGGUCUCUGUUACCCUUCGGGCCUUGGUUUGUAUCUUGGGAUAUGGCUACCUUUGCUGAUCAUCAUCUGUAUCAAUACCAUCAUCUUCAUAGUCAUUAUUUAUAAUGUAUUCCACAAAAAGACAGAAAGUAGAGACCAAGUAAAUCACGAAAUUUUGUUUCAGUGGAGACUAGCUCUACUGCUAUUUUUUAUGCUCGGUUUGACUUGGUUGUUUGGUUUUUUAAGCUUGAGCGGGGAAUAUUUUUUUAUGGUUGUGUUCUGCUUCUGCGCAACGUUGCAAGGCUUCGUAAUGUUUAUGUUCUUCAUCGUAUUCAAUAAGUCCACUAGAUAUUUGUAUAUCCAAACAUUCAGAUCGUGGUUGUAUUCGAAUGGUUACAGAAGCAAAUUUAUAUGA